AUGUGUCAGGGGCCUAGAGUAACCACUGCAUAUAUCUCCAACAUUUUUGGCAAGAAUAAGCGAACUCUUUGCAGUCCGCGUGCUGGGACUGCUGGGGAUGCACGCGAACCCAUGUGGGCUUCCAACAGCUUACAAUUCUGUAGAUCUGCGUCACAAUGGCCACCCUGGGUUGCCGACGGCGGAUAUGCGCCUUCCGGCGGGAAUACUUACCACUCAGUAACCGCUCAGCGCUGCGACCAUGCUCUCGGCCAGCUCUUCUUAUACCGCCCGGGCUUUCACAGCCAAGACUUUCCAGUUCGCAAGGCCUGCAACGGCCACAGCACAUCAGUACAGAAACACAACCAACAACAGGAAGACGGCCGGCACGGCGGAAAAUAGCGUGGAUUAUAACGGCGGGCAGAGUUGGGAAGGAUAAGCAAGCGGCCGCGUUGGCGGCGAGGAUGGGUUGUGAGGUCGAGUGGAAGAAUGUGAUUCCAGCGCCAGCGAUAAAAUGGCUCUUCCCCGCCUUCCAAAAGCGCCUCCUGGACUACCGUCAAGAAACCUACGGCCCGCACUCCGACCGCCGCGACCUCCCCUGGUUUCUGUUCUCCCCAACCCACCACACACUCGCCCCGCCCUACCCGUCCGUCGUCCUCUCCACCUGCGCCGAGACGACAUUAGCAGCCCUGCACACCAAAGUCAGCAGCCUGGGCAGAACGCGGGCGGUAUGCGUUGGCAUGCCGUUUGUGUCGCUGGAGGAGUUUGAUGCGGCCGUGGUGGCGAGGUGGGAGUGGCCGGCGUUGGCGUUACAGAAGGAUGCGAAGGUCGGCGGGAGGGUGGUGCCGGUGGAGCUCUGUCUUAAUAGUGUGGGAAAGGGUGUGCUCGGCGCUGGGUCGACGGCUGGGGAGGGAAUACCGGAAUGCUUUAGGGCGCAGGAUGGGAUGGUGCUUGCGGUGCUGAUAGGGGGAGGGCAGGAGCGAGACUUUGGGUGGCAUAAUGAUGAUGUGACGAAACUCAUCAAGAUGCUUCAGCGAGUGCUGGAUGUCCACCAAGCCAAAGUCUUGUUGACCUUCUCACAACGCACAACGCCCUUUACCCGCGAAAUGAUAACAGCAUGGCACGACCGCCAGCCCGACGCCACAAAAUCACGUAUACAUAUCUAUAAGGAGGAGCCUAGAGGAGCCUCAACACAUAACAUCGAGCCCUUAAAUCCGUAUGAAGCAUUCCUCGACCUCGCAACACAUAUAGCAGUAACGGCGGACUCCCUCACCAUGGUGUCAGAGGCUUUGUCUGUCCGCAAACCAACAUACAUAAUAUCCCUCGCCACCCUGACAUCCCGCCCCAAACAAGCCGUAUACGCCAAACUACUCGAACAGCGGCGGAUCCGGCGUUUCGUCCCUUCACGAUACCCAGCCAUCGACGUGCAUGACCGGAAAUUCGACAUAUUAAGUGAUGUCGGCGAACACCCACCUUGGUCUUUGGAGGAGACUGCGGAUGAGACGGACGCUGUUGCGGAGAAGGUCUCUGAGCUGAUAUGGGGCGCAGAGAAGGUGGCGGAAGAGAGCAAGGAGGAUUCUCUUAGAGUAGAUAGGGAAUUGGCGUAAAUUAGAAUGACAGUACAGCGUGGACUACGUAGAUUCCACAACCAUAUUGAUGCUACGGCAAGCGGUUGACAUGAAAAGAUUAUUGAAGAUACUAUCUGUUACAAAUACAGGUAAUAGCAAUGGGGGGAAGGUAUGGUGAUAACGACUAAUAUGAGGUGUGUCCAUUAUCUACAUGUGC